AUCUCCUCAACACUGAAGGGUUAAUAUAUUGUGUAGAGUAACAUUAAUAUAAAUUCAUCAUCAAAGAGACUUUUAUUAAUUUCUUCAUGUAAUUUCUCUCUUUCUAAGCCCUUUGAAUUGUACGUUUAUGAUAUCCACAUUAAAGUUUGCUUUUACUUCUUCUUUGAAUGGUAGCACAUUGAGUAGUAACUAUGGAAAGUAACAAGUUAUGCAAUAUAUCAAACUUGUCAUUUCCUUCAGCCACAUGUCUUGAGCAGUUAAACUAGAACUGGAACUCGCUGUAAAAAUAGACUUGAAACUAUAUCAUUACAUUAGUGGAUUUAAAUCUCUGGAUGAAUUACUGUUGGCUUGUGUUCCUUUAAAAGAAAAAAAUGUUUAAAAAAGAGAAAUAAAGAGAUAUUGCAAGGGGCUAUAGCUUUCUGUGUAAUUUACAGGUCACUGGAUUAUAUGUCUGCAUGUGAUUAAUCUAGAAUCAGAGGAUGUUGCCUUCCUUGUGAAGCUUGAUCUAUUUAACUAGUAAAUGUGAUUGAAAAGAAAAUCUGAUGAUCAUUUGAUACUACAGAUGAAGGCUAGUGCUUGUGGGUUGACGCUUAUUCAAUGAAGGAAAAUUCUGUGUCUUGCAAACAGAAGUGGCACUUCUUCUGAAUGUCUGCAGUGACAGGCAGCUUGACAACAGAACACCACUUCAGGUAUCAUUUAUAUAGCCUGAAUUGUGCAUUGGAUUUGAACAGAUGACCAUCGCGUGAAUACUGACAGUGUUUCAUAUCAGGUGAGCUCAUCCGGCCCUUUCUGAUACAGAGAAUCAUGCACAUCACAGGAGCUGAAAGACUCAUCCUCAUUGGUGGUCUGCUGCAAGGUGUUCUGUGCCUAGAUUUUGCAUCUCUGUUGCCUCAGAAUAUAAAGGCUCUGAGUGGAUCUUGUGUGGCCAUUCCCUGCUCAUUUACACUGCAAUCUGGAUUUGAGUCAUUCCUCACAACUUCAUGUAAAGGAAUAUGGAAGAAAGGAUGGGCAGGAGUACAAGUGUUUGAUUCUAGUCUGACAGGAAAAGGCUUAAACAAAAUUCAAGGGAAUCUAACUGGGAACUUGCAGCAGAAGGAAUGCACCACAAUCCUGAAUGACUUAUCUUCUUUCAAUGACUACUUUUCAUUCAAAAUUGACUGUGACAAUCCUCUGAAAUAUAGUUUUCCAGAACCUGUCACAAUUAAUGUAAAAGAAAAUCCAUCCAAACCCACUCUAAGUCCAGCAACAGUAAAUGUGAUGGAGGGGACCUCAGUGAGUUUGAUCUGCUCUGCUGCUGCCCCCUGUCCCUCACUUCCUCCAACUCUGACAUGGACCCCCACACUGAGUGACAGUGUGGAGGAUUUGCAGGAGACUCCGAAUCAAGUCAUAACUUCUCUCCUGAACUUCACCGCUUCACAUGUCCACCAUGGAGAGAAGAUCUCCUGCACUGCGCUGUACAAACGACAAGCUGGCAAGAGUGAUAAAUCAUCCAAAACUUAUCUGACAGUCGCUGUUCUUUACUCUCCCAAGAACACCUCAGUGUCAGUCAGUCCCUCUGGUUCAGUGGUAGAGGGCAGUUCUGUGACUCUGACUUGCAGCAGCAAUGCCAACCCAGCAGUGGGGCGCUACAACUGGUACAGAGUUAUUGGAGAACAGGUUUCAACAGUGGGGGCUAGCAGAAUGCUAACUGUCCAGGUACCAGCAGAUGAUAGUUAUUUCUACUGUGAAUCCAUCAAUGACCAUGGAACUGAGAACUCAUCUGUCAUUCAACUAGAUGGAAUGUCCCCUCCCAAGAACACCUCAGUGUCAGUCCUUACCUCUGGUUCAGUAGUAGGGGGCAGCUCUUUGACUCUGACUUGCAGCAGCAAUGCCAACCCACCAGUGAAGAACUACACCUGGUACAGAGUCAAUGAGCGCAAGAUGGUCCCAAUGGAGUCUAGAUCUCAGUUUCUGGUUCUGCAGGAUAUCAGUGAGAGUGGACUGUUCUGCUGUGAAGCACAAAAUAGCUAUGGCAAAGAUAGGACCAACAUCUUUGUGUAUUUUCCCCAUUACCCCUCCAUAACUACAGUUCCAUCCAUAAUCUGUGGAGUGGUCAUUGUAUUGUGGAUUCUAACAGUCAUCUUCGGAGUCUAUAAAUAUAUCAGAUUAUCCAGAGGACUGAAGGCAGUAGGUGACACAUACGCCACACUACAGAUCUCCAACGUGACCUCUACUUAUGAGGUCAUACAGAGGAAAGAGUGUGGCAGCAGAGAAGCUCAGAGAGACCAGUGGUAGUGAUAUGUGAACACUGCAGAGGGGACAGCGGCAGUAACACCAUGAGCGUAACUCUGGAUUCACGGUUUCGUCUCUACCUGAGAGACGUGAAUACAGGGAACGUGGUAGUACACCUCAUCAGAAUCUUUUUAACUUAUCAGAUACAUGUAAAUAACAAGCUUAAAUCAAGCUUUUCACUUUGUCAUCUCCAAAUAUUUUGGUUUUACCAUCCAUUUCCACCCUUUAUGUUUCUUUCAGUUCAUCUGUAUUUCAGAUUUUAUUUCACGUUUGUAUAUUCAUUUUGUAAUCAUAUCACAUGUAUUCAUUUCUUGAUGAUGAUUAGGAUGAUGAUGAUUACUUGGUUAAUUGUACUAGAUAGUUCUUCACUUGUGGUCCUAUGCAACUCAGUUGGUACAGCAUGGCAUCAGGAUAGUGGGUUUGGUUCCCGGGACAAACUGUAUGUAAAAUGUAUGCACACAUGACAGUAAGGGACCGUAAAAAACAAUUGGGGGAGACAGGAUGUCAUUAAAAACCUAAAAAAUAUUUUCACGUGACCCUCCCCUUUGCUUUACCCUCCCUGUGCGACUUCUGUUCUAACUCGCCCUGGUCAACUGUAAGUGCUGUUAUUUUGUGAAGUGGAAACAUCUAGGAGCAACAAUGGCUCAGCCACAAGGUGGUAGGCC